CUGCCGGGCCGCUCGCCCGAGGGCAUCUCUGAUGGAAACAACAGAACUCUCCAAGGGAGAGAAGGGUGUUCGCCCCCCUUGGGCUGGGUCCGUGCCUUCCAGAGUGUGCGGGGUGGGGCCCUGGACUGCUCCCCGCUGCCCUCUGCCCGGCGGUGCUGGAGGAGAUGGAAUCAGAGGCACCGUCAACCGCACUGCAGGAGAGACCCCCCCCCCCCAGCCCCCGCCAGAGUCACUGUCCAACCCCCUCACGUUGAACCUGAACUGAGCUGGCACCCUGGGGGGAAUGGGGACCAUCUGUGUGAGGGACCCCCCCCCCCACCGUGUGUCUUUGCUUCCCCCCUCUGGCCGCACGCACCCCAACAUAGAUGAGAAAGAGCUACCUGGUGAAACUGAGUGAAAACAUCCCAUGCUUUCUUGGAAUGAAAUAGUGUCACCUAACGGGCCCCUAUCUCAUCCUUCUGACUCCGGUGCUCCGUGACUCCCCCCUCCCAACGUCCGGGCCCGUCCCCACCCAAGAGAGAGUAAAAUGCAGGGGUGGGGAACGAAACAGCAGAGAGCGUGAGAAGCGGCGGAGGGGAAGGGGCGGCGGAAGAACAGAGGCGUUGGCUCAGGGGGACGCGCCCGCAGAGCGAAUGCUUUCCCUCCGCCAGCCCGAGAGCCGUCGAAGCCCCCAGCCCUGCGAGGAGCUUCACAUUUGGUAGGACGCCAGCCCGGUGUAGCAGCUCCAGAGGCGUGACGGCCCCCCACAGAAGUAUGAACAGAGAUUACCCCAUAGGCAGCAUUUUAAAAUCUGCCGUCCCAUCCUCCCCCAGGGGCUGCUCUGACUCGUCACACUGUGUGUGGUGCUUGCAUGGAGAAUGCAUUCACCGCGCCCACAGGUGGCCAGACACCCGGUCACUCCCCGAAGCAGCUUCAUUGUGCAGCCUGGGCAACUGCCCCCCCAGCCCCUCCCCUACCCACACCGGACCGGCCAGGCGCCUGCCUGACACCCGGCGCUCAGAUCCGUGCGCGCGGCACACAGCACGCAGCCACCCACACAGACAGGUGCACGGGCCCCUCAGGCCGCGAGCGCCCCCAGGAUCCAACCCCAGGCCCCACUGACACGCCGCCCCCCCCCAACAUGUCGCCCUGGAUCCAGCUCAAGGGGAUGGAGCGGCAGCGAGAGUCAUCGACUGUCCUUUCCCUCCACUUUCCCCCAGCACGCCUCUUACCUCUGUCUUGCGCGUAACCCCUGGCCCUCUCUUCCUUCCUUGUGCCUCAAGGAUCCGUCCUGGCUGGAAAGCCCCCUGGCUUCUCAGCCUCCCUCCCUUUCCACCUGUGGGAAAAUACCCACCAUCUGCUCGCCACCUUUUUCCUUUCCCGAGUGCAGGUCCCACUGGCGGAAUCCAGCCUCAAAACAGGAAGCCCUGGGCUGGUGCCCCCCGCGGGCCUGAGGCCGAGACAGGCAAUGGGCGUGGGGCAAAGGCUUCCUGACUUUCCCGCUCCCCCCCGCCGCCUGGCCCAUGGCCCUGCCCAGAACCGAUGGCCUUCAUUAGUCCCUGGCACUUAUCUUGGAGCCACAGUCACCGACAGGACGUCCCCGGCCCUUGCCUCUGCCUGCUCUGAGCUCAGCGGCACCAUGGGGAACUGUCUGCAGCACCGGGUGGCGGAUGAGGACGCUACGAAGUUCACCUUGGGAGAAGAUAUCUGGGAUGAGUUUAAUGACUCCUACGACAUGAACUACAACUACAGCAUUGUGGAAGCCGCCGCCCCCUGCCGCUCCUGCCCCCUGCUCGACGACUCCUCUCUGCCCUUCUUCGUCCUCGCCAGCGUCCUGGGCAUCCUUGCGGGGGGAGCCGUGCUCUUUGCGCUUCUCAGGCCUCUCUUCCGCUGGCGGGUCUGCCCUGAGCGGCCGGUCCUCGUACAGCUGGCCGUGGGCAGCACCCUCUUCAGUAUCGUGGUGCCCAUCCUGGCCCCGGGGCUCAACGGGGUGCAGAGCACGGCCCUGUGCCGCCUGGCACACUUGCUCUGGUACGGCUCAGCCUUUGCCCAGGCUCUGCUGAUUGGGUGCCACGCCUGCCUGGGCCCCAAACUGGGUGUGGGCCACGUCGCGGGCAUCACCCUGUGGCUCACUGUGGGACUCUGGGGGGCGGCUCUUCUCCUGGGGCUGCCCGUCACGCUGGCCAGUGACACCUCCCGUGGACUCUGCUCCCUGAGCUUCAACAAGAGCCCCAGGUUUCUGCCGCUUUUGCACGUGGUGGCCAGUCUUACCGCCUUCACCUUGUUGCCACUGGGCUUGUUAGGUACCAAGGCGCUGACGAAAGCGUGGGGCAGGUGGCCAGGUCCCUGCGUUAGUGUCCUGUGGGUCUGGUUUGUUUUCUGGUGGCCUCAUGGGGUGGCUCUGGGCUUGGACUUUCUUGUGAGGUCCAAGUCCUUGGUACUGCCGACGUGUCUGGCCCAGCAGGCUCUGGACCUGCUCCUGCACCUGGCAGAGGCCCUGGCGAUACUCCACGGUGUGGCCACGCCCCUGCUCCUGGCCCUGUUCUACCACCAGACCACCCGCACGCCCCUGCCCUCCCUGCCUCUCUCGGUAAGACGGCCUUCUCAUCUGGACCCCCCGGGAGGCAAGUCCCAGCUCCCUUCGCACCUGUCAACCUGAAUUAAAGUCUACGCUACUUUUACCGA